GCCCACGUAUCUUGCUUGAGCGCCGCCGCCACACCCCCCUCCCCCUCCCCCUCCCCUUCCGCUGCCGAGUGUCCCAGUCCCCUCGCGCGAGCGCCACCGCCGCCGGUUGAUAUCCCCUUCGAUUCCCAUUUGUCCUCCAUCACCCCACGAACCGAUUCCGCCCUUUAGCUCCCCAUUUCAUCUCCUUAAUCUCCCCCGAUUCGUACCUGAGGCAAAAAUCAAGGCCGCCAUACCUUGCCAUACUGGGUCCUCCGUCAUUGCAACUUGGAGUUUGACUACCAUGGGCAUCCGGCGAUUUGUGAAUCUGCUGGUGGCGAACCGCACGAGAUGUACUUAUUCGCUGCGCCGCUUCGAUCUGUCGCAAAACCAGUUCUUCUACGAUUCACCGGAAGAAUUAGCUUCACAUGGGCGAGUUCUGCCGAUACAAAAAUAUACAGAGGGAUCUGCUUAUUCUCCCCUGAAAAGGAAGAAGGCUAACGACAAGAAUAAGAAGCAGCUAGCGGCCUCAGAUAUUGGGACAAUCCGGCUGCCGGCACCAUUCUUCACCAUGCGACCGACGCCAUGCCGGCCAGGUAAGCCCGGCGAACAUCAGCUGGAUGUAUUCGCUCUCUCAGAACGCAAGAUCAUGUUGGCGGACCGCCAUCGACGCGUCUUGAGCUACGACGCCGACUCGCACUGCGCCUUGACCAUGCCCUGGCUCCACGCUCCCAAGACUGAUCCCUUGACCGUCUCCAUCCCUGGAAGCCAACAGGACGACGGCGAAGGCAGCAUCUACAUCAUCGAGAGGAUGCUCUGGCCAGAGUCACAGAGGAGCUUCCAGUUCGAGGCCCUCGUCUCCGACAGGUUCCAUGCCGGCGGUUACCAUCCUUUCGGGACCUGGGGAUGCCAGGCGUUCCAGCUGCCGCCGACGUCGUUGUCGAAACGAGCAUUGGUAUGCUGUGCCGCGGCGGUGGGCAACGCCAUCUGCGUCUCCAUAUCUGGCGCUGGCACCUACUGCUUCGACAGGGCGAGCCACGCCUGGAGCCAUGCCGGUGACUGGAUGAUGCCCUUCUUUGGCACUCCCGAGUACGUGCCCGAGCUCAACCUCUGGUUUGGCAUCUCUGGCCGUGAUUUCAAAUUACCUUGCGCGGCCGAUCUCUCGCCUGUUGCCCGAGGGCAGCCGCCGGAGCCGGCCUUGUUUUGGGGGCAUGAUGAUCACCUGCCGGAGGAGUGGCAUUAUAGACUGUGCACUCCCUCCCAAAUGGUUAGCCUGGGUUCUGGCAAGUUUUGCAUCCUCAGGUACCUUGAAACUAGAAUACCCUGCCCCGAUGAGGUAAUUGUGGACAAUUCAUAUGCUGUCUUCACUGGUCUGGAGGUCUUAGCUGGCAACGGCAAGAAACAUGGGCUGCGUAUGGUUAGCCACAAGUCCAGACGCUGCAGGAAUCCUCAGGCCAACUCCAUCCAGCGUUUGCUCUGAAGUCUGUUAUGCAUCAUCCUUUAAUUUGUCUCUGUACCGCCGUAUUUUACUUUGCUAUACUAUCUUAUGCGUCAUCCCCCUAUUGCCUCUUAUUCGAGACUAUUAACUAGUCCCCCCGUCUCAUGAUUCUUGUCUUAAAUUUGUCUAAAAAUGGAUGUAUCUAUUCCUGAAAAGCUAUUUCGACAAGAAUUAUGGAACGAAGAGAGUAGAUACCUGUUGGAUAAUCUUUGGACUAUCAUUGUGAUUUGGCACUGUAUGAUGUUGUGUUUUACGUUCCAAUGAGAAAUGCCAUGAGUUGUCUUGAUGUUA